AUGGAGCCCAGCGAGGAAACCUUUCCCUUCCGACGGUUGCAUUCUUGUCACCAUGCUGCAUGUAGUCCAAGAAUUAUGCAGAUUUUCGUGAAAACUUUGACUGGGAAAACCAUCACUUUAGAGGUGGAAGCUUCAGAUACUAUUGAAAAUGUGAAGGCAAAAAUUCAAGAUAAGGAAGGAAUUCCUCCUGAUCAACAGAGAUUGAUCUUUGCUGGAAAGCAAUUGGAAGAUGGUCGCACGUUAUCAGAUUACAAUAUACAAAAGGAAUCCACACUUCAUCUUGUUUUGAGACUUCGAGGAGGUAUGCAGAUUUUUGUUAAGACUCUGACUGGCAAAACAAUCACCUUGGAAGUUGAAGCUUCAGAUACAAUAGAAAAUGUGAAGGCCAAAAUCCAGGACAAAGAAGGCAUUCCUCCAGACCAACAACGUCUCAUCUUUGCUGGCAAACAAUUGGAAGAUGGUCGUACUUUGUCAGACUACAAUAUCCAAAAAGAAUCAACCCUUCAUUUGGUUCUGCGCCUUCGUGGUGGCAUGCAGAUCUUUGUGAAGACUUUGACAGGGAAAACCAUUACCUUGGAAGUUGAAGCUUCAGACACCAUUGAAAAUGUUAAAGCGAAAAUUCAAGACAAAGAGGGCAUCCCACCUGAUCAACAGCGUUUGAUUUUUGCUGGUAAGCAGUUAGAAGAUGGACGCACACUGUCAGACUACAAUAUUCAGAAGGAAUCUACACUCCAUUUGGUUCUCCGCUUAAGAGGUGGAAUGCAAAUUUUCGUGAAAACUCUGACAGGAAAAACAAUCACUCUAGAGGUUGAAGCGUCUGACACUAUAGAGAAUGUGAAGGCAAAGAUUCAGGACAAAGAAGGUAUUCCCCCAGAUCAACAGCGUCUUAUCUUUGCUGGCAAACAAUUGGAAGAUGGUCGUACCUUAUCAGACUACAAUAUCCAGAAAGAAUCAACCCUUCAUUUGGUUCUGCGCCUUCGUGGUGGCAUGCAGAUCUUUGUGAAGACUUUAACGGGGAAAACCAUUACCUUGGAAGUUGAAGCUUCAGACACUAUUGAAAAUGUUAAGGCUAAGAUCCAAGACAAAGAAGGAAUUCCUCCUGACCAACAGCGUCUGAUUUUUGCUGGUAAGCAGUUGGAAGAUGGUCGCACUCUCUCAGACUACAAUAUCCAGAAAGAAUCUACCCUUCAUUUGGUACUGCGACUUCGAGGUGGUAUGCAGAUCUUCGUGAAAACUUUAACUGGAAAGACCAUUACACUGGAAGUAGAAGCGUCGGUCACCAUUGAAAACGUGAAAGCUAAGAUCCAGGACAAAGAAGGAAUUCCUCCAGAUCAACAGCGACUAAUCUUUGCUGGAAAGCAACUUGAAGAUGGUCGCACGUUGUCAGACUACAAUAUUCAGAAAGAGUCUACUCUUCAUUUGGUGUUAAGACUUCGUGGUGGUAUGCAGAUUUUUGUCAAAACUCUGACUGGUAAGACAAUUACCCUGGAGGUUGAAGCAUCUGAUACAAUUGAGAAUGUGAAAGCUAAAAUUCAAGACAAAGAAGGAAUUCCCCCAGACCAACAGCGUCUCAUCUUUGCUGGAAAGCAGCUGGAGGAUGGUCGCACAUUGUCAGAUUACAAUAUCCAGAAAGAAUCUACACUGCAUUUGGUUUUGAGGUUGCGAGGUGGUAUGCAAAUUUUUGUGAAGACACUUACAGGCAAGACUAUUACCUUGGAAGUUGAGGCAUCAGAUACCAUUGAAAAUGUGAAGGCUAAAAUCCAGGACAAAGAAGGAAUUCCUCCUGAUCAGCAACGUCUCAUUUUUGCUGGUAAGCAAUUGGAGGAUGGCCGGACUCUCUCUGACUACAAUAUCCAAAAAGAAUCUACACUUCAUUUGGUACUCAGACUGAGAGGUGGAAUGCAAAUUUUUGUGAAAACUUUAACUGGAAAAACAAUCACUCUUGAGGUUGAAGCAUCUGACACCAUUGAAAAUGUGAAAGCUAAGAUCCAGGACAAAGAAGGCAUCCCACCAGAUCAACAGAGACUCAUCUUUGCUGGUAAACAGUUGGAAGAUGGUCGCACUCUGUCAGACUAUAACAUUCAGAAGGAAUCUACUCUUCAUUUAGUGCUAAGGUUGCGUGGUGGUAUGCAAAUCUUCGUAAAAACAUUGACUGGAAAAACCAUUACGUUGGAAGUUGAAGCUUCAGACACGAUUGAAAAUGUUAAGGCUAAAAUCCAGGACAAGGAAGGUAUCCCUCCUGAUCAGCAGCGCCUGAUAUUUGCUGGCAAGCAGCUAGAAGAUGGUCGCACCUUGUCUGAUUAUAAUAUCCAGAAAGAAUCUACCCUUCAUUUAGUACUAAGACUUCGUGGAGGAAUGCAGAUCUUUGUGAAGACUCUUACUGGAAAGACAAUUACCUUGGAGGUUGAAGCUUCAGACACCAUUGAAAAUGUUAAAGCUAAAAUUCAGGACAAAGAAGGCAUUCCUCCAGAUCAACAGCGUUUGAUUUUUGCUGGUAAACAGUUGGAAGAUGGACGUACCUUGUCAGACUAUAACAUUCAGAAAGAAUCAACACUUCAUCUUGUUUUGCGUCUACGUGGUGGAUGUUUGUGA